CCGCCACCCAGUGUCUGCUGAAACUGGAGUGCCCACAGGCUAGUAGGAUGAUAGCCUCAGCCAAGACUCCACCCACGGGAGCCCUGAUUGGAGGAUCGCCUGACUCCACUGAUUGGUCCAACCACACUAUUUAAGCCAAAAGGAAACACAGGAAGUUUGUCUGAGCAGCCAAGUGAUUUCCUGUUCCCAACCUGCUACCUGGCUCCUGCCUUCUCUCUUGUUUCCACCCUGCUCCUGCUCCAUGUUCAGUUCUUGCCUUUCCUCCAGUUACCAGGCCUGGCUUCGACCCCAGCCUCCAACUUCUGACCUUGAUUGUCUUGACCCUUGGUUCUGCCAUUUGGUAUCUGACCUUGGCUCUGACUCUGGUCAAGUGGUAGUUGCUUCUGAUGCUGACCCUUGGCUUCGUUCCCCAGCCUGGGUGCCUGCUCUGCCCACUAGACCUGAUUGCUGAUCUGACUUCUGGGCCAGGUCACUUACGGCCUGGUCCAUAACAGUCAGUCCCAUCUCAGCAACUCACGCACAUUGGACUAUGGCAGAAGGGCUAAAACCUUACAAAAAUGGACACUGGGUUUCUAAUGACCCACAGGGACCUUGGUUUUAUGUGUCAUCUUCCUCAUUAGUUUAGAAAAAUGAGGCACAGGUGGUAAAAGUGAGAUAUUCUGCCCUUGGAGAAGUAAUGUAACCGGCUUUAAUUGAGUUCCUCUGGAUUUAUGCUGGUGUGAAUGAGAGGAGAGUCAGACACUAGGACUGACAUAGCUGAAAGAGGCUGGAUGAGAAAAGUUUGUGAAGUCUAUCCACGACCUCCCGUGUCUUGAUAAGUCACAGCGCCAGCCCCCGUUACAGACACACUCAGCCUGGGCCCCUGGUCAGAGCUCAGGGUAUUAGGGUCAGGAUUAGAAGACCAAAUGCAGCCUUGUGACUCUCUGGGAAUGUCUAGGAGAAGCUACCAGUUUGGUGUUAGGAUGGUGAUCCUGGGACUAUGUUGGUUGCUUACAUGCCUUAUCCUUACAGAUGCACGCACCACCAAAUCCCAGGCGAUCCAGCUGACUGGGAUGGUGGGAGGAUCGGUAGUUUUCCCUUUCAAAGUUCCCCCAUGGGUACCCGUGGAGACCAUCGUCUGGAAUUCGGUCACAACCCUCGCCACAUUUACCCCCCAGAAAGGGAAACUAGCUGUAGUUAAAGUGCUGGAUAAACGCUACAUAGGGCGGUUGAGGGUCUUGGACCAUACCUAUUCUCUGGUGAUUAGCAACCUGAGCAUGCUGGACAGGGGCGUGUACAGAGCGCAGAUAAACACCGAGUUCACCACCACCGUGACGGAAUACCUGCUGCACGUGUACAAGAAAAUCCCCGUCCCAGAUAUUGCCGUUGCCAUCCUGAAUGGAACCUGCAACCUCCUGCUAAACUGCUCUGUCGCUGAGGGAGCGGAAAGUGCCACCUUCAUCUGGAUGUACACCCGCAGGAGGAUCAGCCAGACCAAGGAAGGACCCACCCUGCACAUCUCGAGCCGUCCAAGAGCUAAAGACAUGAUCCACACCUGCCUGGCAAGGAACCCCAUUAGCCAGGGCUCAAAAACAAUCUCCAUAGAAGACUACUGCGAAAGUGGCUCACCGACAUCCAUUUUCCAAGCGCUGAAGGCAACGUGCUUCUUAAUGUUCUUUGGACUCCUCUUCAGCAUGACCAAUAUUGUAAAAUAAGGACCACACACUGCCUUCGAAUGCAGACCGGAGUGACGGGAACGCAUGCAAAAGGAAGAUUUGUUGCUGAGGGGGAAACAGAAGAUCUCAUGCCAACUGCAUCCAAAUGCCACCAACCCUUGCUGUAAGUUACCUUCUAAUGCAAAGAGCUGCCGUGGCAGAACUUAUUACUGUGGCUUUUUAAAAAGCGACUGUAGAUUAAAAGCAGCAAGAGAAGAUGCUGAGGCAUUUCACGUCUGCAGGCAGAAGGUGAUAAUCUCCUAAUAUCUCCUCCUAAUGGGCAUGAAGCAUCACACCUGAGAUCCAGCCAAUAGUGUGAUUGUGUGGACUCCUGUUUACCAAUAAAAUGCACUUCUCAGUCAGGCCUGAAGUUACUGAUCUGCUCAUAAAGAUGUGGGCUUUUUUUCCCGUUAUGCCAAGGCUCUGGGUGUCGCUGUAAUUUAUGCUCGUAGUAGAGUAAAGGGGCCUUAGUGUAAAUGAGAAUCUAUCCCCCCAAGAUCUUCAGCUAAUAAAGACCUCUCUGCAAAUCAAUGGGCCUGAUCCUCCCCUGGCUUGCACCCCAUGGGCUUGAUUCACUAUUGUACUAUGCCAGUGGUUGGUGACUACUGUGGUGUGGUGCAAUCUGGUGGGCAGGAAACCCCUCCCCCUUUAACUGCCAGCUUCCUCUCUCGCUCAUUUCUGCAUUUGAUUUCUCAGUGCAUUUAUCUGGGCAGGAUGGGGAAGAAAGCCAAUUAGAUGGGGGCAGUGGUGUUUCCAAUCCCCCACAUUCAGAAAUCAUGGGCCAGGCCAUCCAGAACUUCUGCUUUGCGAAUCACAAGGGUUUGUUGCUGUUUUUUAAUACUCAGUGUUUGCCGGGGGGUGGGGGGGUUCUUUGCCUUCUGUGUUUUUCAGCUUUAGGGCUCUCACUUUCAAGCCUUCCUCUGCAAGCACGGGGGGCGAGAUCCUUUUUGUUUUUUUAAUGAAAGCCGAGAUUCUCCGGAAGCCACCUUCAUCCAGGAGCUGGGCAUGCAGAAAACCAGGACAAAAUCGGGAGAGUUGGUAGCACGGGCAGCAGCUUCCCUGAUGCCCAAAUAGUUAAUGAGGGGGAGCGGAGAGAGCAGAGGAAGGCCUUUCCUAAGUGGAGAAGAAGGGGAAUCCUUUAUCUUGGCUUUUACACUCUGGACUGCCAUGUGGAAUAGUCCUGGGAAACUUUCUUACCUGGCCUUCUCAGAAGCUCAACUUGGGCUCAAGGGGACAAUGAAGUUUCACCCUGGGGCGUGUGGUUUCCUGGGUCUCAACUCAAGUCGCCCGUCCCCACUCCUGGAGGAACACAGUGAAAAGAACAUCAGCACUGAACAGCUCGAUGCUGAGGGUGCAUCCAUACAGCGAACGCUGUGCACGGGUUAGCCGGAACCAGCUAGCGCGGGUUACGACAGCAGUGAAGACAGAGCAGGGCGGGCUUCAGAGCAGGUCAGGAAGCAGUGUAUGUGCCCAGGUUCUGUGCUGGGCUGGCACUACCCAUGGCAAAGCUGGCACGGUGCUCGCUUCACAGCCAUUGUGCCCCGCGCUGGCUGGAUUCAAAUGAAUCACAAUGACAAGGUCCAUAGCGGAUGUCACAGAGUCUCUGCUCUGUCUCCCUUUUGAGAGUCAAAACUGCAUAAAAACCUCAUCCCCUAGUGCUGUCACGGUGCCGUUACGAUGAUUAAUCAUCUCUGCUGUGGCAGCACCUAGGAGCCAAGACCCCAAGGUGUCAGGUGCUGUACGAACACAGAACAAAACGCCAGUCCAUGCGCCCAAGUGCUUCCAACAAUGUGUUAGGGACACAAGGCGGGCGAGGUCAUAUCUUUGAUUGGACCAACUUCAGUGGUGCAAGGUGCAAGCUUACAAGCUACACACAGCUCUUCUUGGGUCUGGGAAAGGUGCUCGGGGUAUCACCGCUACCUACAAGGUGGCACAGAUUGUUUAGCGUAAGGAGUUAACACCUGUUGCAAGAGACCCUGUGAGGUGAAGUGGGCCAUUAACACCUCUGCAGCCACAGGACAAAGGGGGCCUAGCGGGCUGCAGAUUGUUGUAAGAAGCCAUAACUCCAGUGUCUUUUUAGUGUCUAGUGAAGUUAUGAACUUAAGCUCCCAGGGCCCAACAGAGCGACAGCAACAUCACACACAGCAGUCUCUGCUAGUCUGCAGGCCCAGGAGACGAUGUCAAGCUCUAGUAACAUCCUGCAAGCUAAUGACUAGCAAAAGUGGAUCGAUCCCCUAUAUCUAAGGAUGAGUGAGCACAAAUAAUUAUCGCCCCUUCCCCCCGACUCUCAUGUGACCCCUCUGUAGAAGAAAAGUGCCACCGUUUACAAUACAGGGUUUACUGAUGGUCAGCCCGGCCGCUGAUAUAAACCAGUGUGGCUCCAUUGACUUCAGAGGAGUGGUGCCAGCCUACUUCUGGCACACAGAUUUCCAGGAUCAGGCGUCACAGAGUUUCCUCAGCUGACUUUCUGAGUUUCUUUAGACUGACCCCCUACUUGGUAAGGCAACUCCCAUCUUUUCAUGUACUAUGUAUAUAUACCUGCUACUGUAUUUUCCACUGGAUGCAUCUGAGGAAGUGGGUUCUAGCCCACGACAGCUUAUGCCCAAAUCAAUUUGUUAGUCUCUAAGGUACCACAAGGACUCCCCGUGGUUUUUUCUUCAGCUGCAAUUCCCCUCCCUGCUAUCUCCACGGCUAAAAUUUUCCUCUGAGGCACAGCUGGGCCAGCAGGGAUCAGUAGCAGCGCCUGACAAAUGCAACCUGCCCGCUAUGUGACAUAGGAGUUUGUUGUUGUUUCCUUCUCGGUCUGAUCCGGGGCUGCGAAAUCUCUUUUUAUAAAUAGCUUUCCGCGGCAAUGACUGGAUUCCCUGAAGUGUGGGCUGAGCUACAGUUAGUACUGGGAACUCCAUCCUUUCCGCCAGCUUGGUUUGCCCUUUAGCCAUUGGCUCUGACAUCUCUCGCACAAACAGAAAGCUAUGCUAUCCCGGUGGCGAGAGGCAAUGGUGCUUCCGGUACCCCAGCUGCUUCAGAGGAAGGUGCAAGGUGCCCCUAGUGGACAGUUAUGGAAUCGCUUGACCCAAGCAAACAUUCUUUCCUAAUCUGUAUCAUUAGAGGUGAGUUUAUGCCCUGAAGCGUGAGGGUAUAUAGCCUUUCUAAAAGAUUAUGCAGCCUAAUGUAAGGGUGGAUAGUCUCUUUAUCCAUAUACAUGUCUAAUCUAUUUAUUAAUCCUGUUAAACUCUUGGUCACAAUAUCUUGUGGCAAGGAGUUCCACAGGUGAACUAUGUAGUGCGUCAAAAAACUUUUCCUUUCAUCAGCUUUAAGUGAGUUGCCUUUCAGUUUAAUGGAACAUCCUUUGUCCUGGUAGUGUGAAAGAGAGUGAAUGUUCCCAAUCUCCCUUCUCUGCACCAUUCAUUAUUUUCUACGUGUCUAUCCUCUUCCCUUAUUCAGGAACUUUUUUCAAACUAGAAAGCCUCAAAGGAGAGUAACCCUCAUCUGGUAUAAAUCGCUAACUCUCCAUCAAGGUUUUUUAAUCUCUCUCCCUAGGGAACUUUUUCUAAGCAUUUUUGAAACUCCCUAUAUGUCUCCUAGAUACUGUCUGAGACAGAGUGACCAGACCUUUACACAGCAUGCCGGAGACCACUGGUUUAUAUAAUGGCAUUUGCGUGCGUGUGUGUGAAAUGCAAUAUUUUUAGCAUGGCUGGUUGAAAUGUUUGAGAUGACAUGCUUUUUAAUCCAAAAAAUGGGGUGGCAAAAAAAACCUUAGUUUUUACAACAAAAAUUCAUUUUUAUGCAAUUUUUUAUUUUUCAGGAAAAAAUUCAAUGUGAAACAUUUGAAAAAGAUUUUCUCACUAUUGUUAUUUUUGACAUUUUAAAAUGCUUUUUGUUUGGAAAUUGUGGGGAAAUUCCCACUUCCUCUCCAUGUUUGGGAAGGGGGGGGAAGUAAACAUAAGUAAGAAUUUUUUUCUCACUUUCUCUUACUUAAAAAAUAUUCUAUUGGCAAAGUGUAAAAACCUUUCUUAAAUUGCUAAAAAGGGAGACAGCAUAACCCCUUCACUUACCUUUUUACUUUUCUCACACUUUUCCAGCAGGGAAAAAAUUAAAAGAGGAAGGGAAGCGGGUUCUCCCACUUUCACAGUUUUACUUUCCUACCCGUAGUCUCUCCGCUGGAAAAAAUGGGGACGGGACCAAAAAGGGGGAAACAUCAGAUAACUCAAAACAAUUUUUGAAUGAGAAAACCCCCCAAAUGUUCAGAUGUUUGUUUUCUUUUGGAAUUUUUCAUGUAAAACGAAAGUACACCUGGUCAGUUGUAAUGCUCAGUAUUAUUUUUCAUCCCACUGCUCCUAUGGCCUCAGAUUCUGUUUGCUUUUUUCACCUCUGCUCCUCCUUGAGCAGCAGCCUUCAUUGAGUUGCUCACCGUGAUAGCUAGGUCUGUUUCCUGAGUGGUUCAUAAGUGAGCUAUAGCUCACGAAAGCUUAUGCUCAAAUAUAUUUGUUAGUCUCUAAGGUGCCACAAGUCCUCCUUUUCUUUUUGCGGAUACAGACUAACACGGCUGCUACUCUGAAACCUGUCAUAAAUUUAGAAGUUUAGAUUGUAAACUCCCUGGGGCUGGCAUUGUUGUGAAAACUGGGCCUUCAAAUUUACCUUGGUUAGGCGCUCAAUCCUGAAGAGUGAGUGAAAGUUCCUAAGGAAUCACAAUAACCUGUCCCAACAAAUGUAGAUGGGAGCAGUUACAAAAAAGAGAGAGACUGAAUUAGGCCAAACGAAAAGGCCGCCUGAUAUAACUCAAGGACUGUGUUAGAUCAUGCCUGAAAACAAGAAAAAUUCUGGGCCAGAAAUUAUCGAACCAAAAUUGGUGGCUUGGAAAUUAGGCCUAACUGGUGGACAAAAUAAUGAAGGGACGGGAUGUUCCACUUUGGGGCCUUAAAGAGACUUCAAGAGAAAAAUUGACUACAGGAGCGAGCUUCACCACCAUGGUUGCCAUCUCCUGGGACCCCGGGCCUUCAUCAUCCUGAUCCUAAGAUAUGUGCUGACCAGAGAAGGACCCAGAUGACAUCACCACCACCGCUAGCUCCGGCUGAAUCCUGAACACCAUCUGGGAUGUGAGACAGUCUCCUUUCCCCCCAUCCUCCGCUGCCCCAACAAUAUUUCCCUUUUCUUCCCCACAUCAUUUCUUCUGUUUUCUAUCCCUCUCCUUUUUCCUUCUUUCUAAUAAGAGUCAGCCAAGACCGCAUAUUUUACAACACGGCUGUGAGCCUGUGACCACAAAGAGGCAGCUGAUGCAAUGCCCUAAACAGCCCAACGUGCCAGGUGGCGGCCCAUAUACUGUGUCGGUGUUUUUCCAGCUGUGAGGUUACACGGGAGCCUCAACACCAAAGGCAGAAGCUGCAUUUUCUGUUCUUUCCCCCUCCCCCCGGUUGUGUGCGUUUGUCUUGUCUUGCCUUCUAGGAAAUGGGAUCCGCCUUGAACACCACCAGGAACAACGCCAGCGCCAGCUCAUCUCAACUAACUUCUCUUUUCCCCCCAAAGGACAGGUAACCGCAGCUCUCCUACCAUCGGAGACCGUCAACGCAGGCUUUCCUUCGAAAAAUGAAACCGGGAACGAGAAAUGCUGCUAAAAUAAAAACUGUACUUAAUAUUUUAAA